AUGAAAAUGUCAACACAGUAUUUGAAGGCAUUUAUUUUUCUUGUUCUUUUGGGAGUACUUGCACGUGACACUUCAGCUAGAAAACUCUUAGGAGAUGCUGUAGCUACAGUUUUUGAGAUCCCCGCUGGUGUAAAUGGCUUAGGAUUUGGUGAGAUUAUAGGAGGAGCUGGCGGCGGCGGUGGUGGCGGCGGUGGAGGAGGUGGUGGUUUUAGUGGCGGAAACGGUGCCGGAUUCGGAUUUGGGUUCGGUAGCGGCCAGGGGUCCGGCUUAGGCGGUAGAGGCGGUGGCGGCGGAGGUGGUGGUGGUGGCGGCGGAGGGGGCGGAGAGAAAGGUGGUAGUGGCUAUGGAUUUGGGAUCGGCGAAGGUUUCGCCGGUGGUGGAAUCUGA